AUGUCAUUGAUCGAUCAUUACUACAUUCUCGACAUCAAAGUUGGAAGGAUUGACGAGCAUUACUACUCACUGCUCGUCGAUAGCGGAAGUGUCAUCACCUUUAUUGGUAGCAAUUCGCAACAGCCUUAUAUUGGCAGUGCUACGUCAUCAAAGACAGGCGAAAAUUUUGACCAAGCUUUCCUGACUGGCGAGAGAGUGUCUGGCUUCCUUGUAAAGGAUCAAACGGAGAUCUCUCCCGGUCUGAUACUUCAUCAGACCGACUUUGGCGUUGUCACACGAGCAGGGUCUCAGCCACUGACAGAACUGAGCACCGGUAUCUUUGCGCUCGGUCGCCAAAAUGGCUUGGCCUACAAAACAGGUAGUCCGACGCUCAAUACCUGGUUGCGCGCAGCAAAGCUUCAAGAUGUCAUUCCGCGCAACUUGGUCACAAUCGACCUCGCUGAGCCUGCUCUAACCUUCGGGCACGUCAACCUUGAAAAUGCGAUCGGCGAAUUUGUAUAUCUACCUUGCGUCAAGCAGCGUUCUUGGACUGUGUUUGCAGCCAUCCCUCAAAUUGCCUUUGAUGGCCCAAUUUUGAUCGACACCGGCUCGCCGUUUUUGACCUUAUCAGAGAUCGAUAUGAACGCGCUCAUGAUGCGUAUAGACGGCUCAGAGAUCGAGCCAAUCAAUCGGCUGCUGCUCAUUCCAGUGGGAAAGCUGCCAGAGCCCCUGACGAUCAUUCUCGGCGACCGAGAGUUCACGCUUUCAGGUGAACAGCAACUGUGGUCAGACGAAGUGUCUCGCGAUCAGUACGGCUUGAGAUACACGAUCUUCCAACAAAGCUCAGCAGUGGUCGAUGUGGCUAUCUUUGGUGCAAAGGUGCUACAAUACUUCAUCGUAGUCCUGGACGACGAUAGAGCUCGGAUCGGCUUCAGUGCUCGGCAAUGA